AUGAACAAAAAGGGAGAUCUCAGUCAGCAGAACACAGCUGGAAUUGUCAAUGAUGAAGUUGAUGGCAACAAUAUAUGUAGUUUCAGAAAGAAAAAGGGAAUCAAGAGUACCACAAAGCAUGCUCCUCUAUUAGAAAAUGAGAAGGUUGAGCCAUCUCUCACCUCAAAAGUACCAGAUCCUCAUCCUCUUCAAGGAACCAUUGUUAGUUCAGGACCACCACUGCAUCAUUCUCUUCAAAACCUGACUAAUUUUCCUCUGGUAGAAAACCACAGGGGGGACAGAGGCAGUUCCCAUUUUGGCAGCAACGUGAAAGAAGACAUGUCUGGGGAAACACAUGACAUCCCAGAAAGUGCUGACAGUGGGAAAAUAGCAAUAGAAAAAAUGCAGGAGGGGACAGAAACAUCAGGUAAAACAAAGCUGUCCGUGGGUGCACAAUCCACAAGCAACACAGAGAAAGUUGAAUGCACAGAGACAGUGUGUGAAGAAGAGGACAGUGAGAAGACAGAGCAUAAACAAGAGGUCUGGGGCAGGAUGGAUGAAGAAAACAGCAAGUUUCAUAUGACAAAGAUGGGUUCCCUGGAGAGCACUGCAACCACACGAGGGAGUGAUGCUGCAGUAUCUUUCACACCUGGCAUUUCUAAACAAAGUCUACAAGAGCUAAAAAAACUUCUGAGUGAAGGCCCUCUGCCUGCCCAUGGGCCCAAUUACAAAAGCGGGUCAAAUGGCACUGUUAGUCAACAAAACUUGAAGCCCAUGGAGAAAAGAGCUGAAAAAUCAGGAAGGCCCUUUGAGACUCUUAGUCUCCAUUUUGGAAAAGAGAAUCAAAAGUACCACAGUUUUCUCAAGGAGGAAGCAGGGCAGCAGAGCAAACCUCUGCUGGUCCUCAGCUCUGCGGAUUCUGAUCAGCCGCAACCAGCAGGAGGCGAGGUGGAUCAGCCAUUCCUGAAAGAACCAGAAACUUCCAUGAGUGCCGAAAGUUCUGCUCCUGAGAUUCUGUUUGACUCUUCUGCAGGCAACUCUGCAUCCAGCAGAGAACCUGAUAUAAACGGCGUCGGAAUUCCAAGCCUCCUUCACCUGUUCUCUCACAUUGAAUUUAUUAAACAGCAGAUGGCCAGGGACAGCAUACAAUUCGUCAGAUUUGAAUCAAUAGACCUCCAUGGUGUGUCAAGAUCAAAGAAUGUUCCUUCUCGCUUUUUUCAUGAAAAAGCAAUUCAUGGUGUUGCCAUGCCCAGAAGCUAUCUUGAACUGACCCUGAAUCCUAAGGAUAAUGAAAUAGAUUAUAUAAAUGCAACCAAUUUUAAUUGCGACAUAAUCCUGAACCCUGAUUUAUCAACAUUUCGAAUUCUACCCUGGACCGAGCAGACUGCUAGAGUGAUAUGCGAUUCCUUCACUGUGCUGGGCAACCCUCUAAUGACCUCACCUAGGCAUGUUGCCAAGAAGCAGCUGAGAGAGCUUCAGGACAACGGCUUUUCUCUACACUCUGCCUUCACUUAUGAAUUUUGUAUUUAUGGCAUUACUGAGGUUGUAAAUUCGAAGACAAUAUCCUUUCCUGCAGCAACGAUACUAAAUAACCAUGACCAGACAUUCAUUCAGGAGCUCAUUGAAGGAAUGUAUUGUACUGGGGCCAACAUUGAAAGCUUUUCUUCUUCUAGUGGGCCUGGACAAAUGGAGAUCACUUUUCAUCCAGCAUUUGGCAUAGAUGCUGCUGACAGUGCCUUCACAUUUAGAACAGGCAUUAAAGAGGUGGCUAAGAAGUAUAGCUACAUAGCUAGCUUUUUCUCAGAAUCUGGAUUCUACAAUUCAGGGGCUCUCUCACAUAGUCUGUGGGAUCUGAAUGGCCAGAAGAAUUUGUUUUCUGCUGGUUAUGGAGCCGAGGAGCUCACAGAUAUUGGAAAAAAUUGGCUAUCUGGUCUCUUGGCACACUCAGCAGCUAUUAGCUGCUUGAUGGCUCCUACCACCAGCUGCCGUAAGCCUUAUUCCAAAUACAGCAAAGAAUCAAAAGAGACUGUAAGUGCAAAAUGGGCAUAUAAUGAUAACAGCUGUGCCUUUAAUGUCAAAAGUCAUGGUGGAAAAGGCACUCACAUAGAGAAUAAAUUAAGUUCUGCUACAGCAAACCCCUACUUGGUACUUGCUGCUACUAUUGCUGCAGGUCUAGAUGGAGUAAAGAGGGGACUUAGGUAUGAUGAUGCAUCGCAGGAAGAAAACCACAUAUCUGAUCUGAAACCUUCAUCCAUCCCUCUGAAGCUAGAAGAUGCUCUUGUGGCACUUGAGAAAGAUUCAUGCAUUAAGGAAGCAUUAGGUGAAACUUUCAUCAGUUAUUUCAUUGCCAUGAAACAUUAUGAGUUAGAAACUGAAGAAAUGGAUAGUGAAAGGAAUAAAUGCCUGGGGUAUUUUAUUUAGAGGGAGCACUCUUCUGUACUGAUGCUGUGUAAACUGAUGCAUAUACUGUAGACAAAUAUAUUGAAAUCAGUAAAUAUAUUUUAAAACGUUUUAAUGCUUUAUUUACUGCAUUUUCU